AUGUAUUACUUAAAUUGCCUCAACCUUCUGCCCACAUACAACGUAUUCAAGUGGCUUAAUGAACCAAGUUAUGUUUGGAAGAUAGUUUUCCUUUGUUGUUUAGCCAACUUCAUUAACGCAGCCGAUCGAGUUAUCAUGCCUAUUGUUAUAAUUCCCAUAUCGAAUCAUUUUGGUUGGAAUCUUCACCAAUACGGAUUAGUUCUCAGUUCGUUUUCUGUAGGCUAUCUUGGAAGUAUGUUUAUAGGUGAAAGAGCAGCAAGACGAUAUGGUGGAGGUCUGAUUCUUAGUUUUGCUGUCGUAUUCUGGUCAUUAUCAUCCCUCCUCACUCCAUUCUUUGCCCAUUCUAUUCACUCUCUGAUAACUGUGCGUGUACUACUUGGCUUAAGAGAAGGAAUAGGUCUUCCUACGGUAUUCCACAUAUUUUCUUAUAUUGUACCUGUUGAAGAACGCAGUCGAUCUUUCAGUUAUAUGGUCACAUUUGGUGUUGUUGGUCAAACGGUAGCUACCUUGGUUUGCCCUCAUUUAGUUUGGUCCCACUCGUUUUUCAUAUUUGGUUUUAUUGGUCUUGUGUGGAUUUGUUUCUGGAUCCCUGUCUUUAACAUUAUUAAAAGAGCUGAGUCACGAAAUGAAUUGCCUACUCAACAGUCUCAGCCUUCCAAGUCUUCUCUUCGUUGGACCGAAUUCUUUUCACACUGGCCAUUAUGGGCAAUUUACGUCGCUCAUUUCAGUAUGAACUGGUCAAAUUAUAUUGUAAUGCUAUGGCUACCUACCUACUUAGUCCGUUAUCUGGGAGCUACUGAAUACGUCAUAAUGCUAACAGCUAUACCUUAUGUAUGUAACUGUAUUGGGAGUGUUAUCGCCGGACGGCUAGCGAAUUGCUUAACCAAACGGCAGUUCACUAUACUAACUGUUCGACGCUUAAUGUCAUCUAUUGGUCUUCUUGGUCCAGGUGUGGUACUUUUUUUGUUUUCUCUAUCAAGCAGUGUAACAUCAGCUAUUGUCCUGAUUUCUGUGUCCAUGACAUUUUCCGCCUUCAAUUCUGCUGGACAUUUAUGUAAUCAUGUAGAGGUUGCACCUAAUUAUGCAGGCACCACAUUUAUCAUAAGCAAUAUUUUGGCUACUAUACCUGGAAUAGUAUGUGGUCCACUAACUGCCGAAUUAGUUAUCACAUCUGGUGGAAGGUGGUUUCCUGUAUUCAUACUAGCUGGUUUUAUAAAUGUAGUUGGUGGCGUUGUGUACAUUAGCCAGAGUUCUACAACGCAAGUAUUGUAA